AUUCCGUAUAAUUAGAUCAGUGUCUUCGAUUAUUUCCUAACGAUUGCUAGAUCGAUGCGCCUCGGUGGGCACGCAUGCAGCUGUUCGGUCUCGUUAACCCCGGCUGCAACCGCUGGCCUCGGGGUUUGGAAAGACGCGUGGUGCACGCGGCGUGACCGUAGGUGGGCGCGAAUGGGCGCAGGCGCCGUGCCCAAAAGCGACCGUCAGUCGUCGACGGAAGCUGAAACGCGCGGCUUCGGGAUUGCACCGCAAACGCAAAACGGCGUAGCCCCACGGCGUGAUAACGCCGACGCAGGUGUACACAUUUUCCCCGCGUCAAUUAUCGACGAGGACCGACGUUUCGAGCUCGCGAUAACGACCCGGCCGCGCGCGACACGAGACGUACAAUGCCCCGAGAACGCUUUUUCGCUCGCGCAGUGCUGUCGUAGAUAAGGCUGAAAAAUCGGGAUCCAGAAUAUAAAAAGAGAGAAGAGAGAGACCUUGCAGACCUCGAAUGCCUACGCAUUGAGACCGGCCUCGUGAAUGAACGCGAGAUGGACGUCUGAAUCGAAGCCGUCAUGGCCCCGUUUCUAUUGAUCCUGCCAUUACUGGCAUCGCUGCGCUACCUGAUACAGCCGAUCGACGGUGCAAUUGAACGCAGACAAUCGACAAAGGAGAGCGACCUAGUUGACCCCCGUGCGAGGCCUAAAUUCAUCAAGGAUAUUUUAGCGCAAACCGGUGGAAACGCCCUGCUGCCCUGCCAAUCCAACAGUCCCGGAAUAGUAACGUGGACCAGGCAACGUGAAAAGGACAGACAAUUACUUACAGUGGGUAGAGGCACACAUUCUAUAGACACGCGUUUCGUUAUCGCAAGUGGUCCUGGCUGGAAUCUCAUGAUUAAGAAUGUCAAUCACGAAGAUGCGGGUCUUUAUGAGUGUCAGGUAACACGUAAUAUCCAUAUAGAAAAUGUCCUAUUUCGCGAUAUCGUAACGGAGGCGUAUCGGUGGAUACCGGUGGGCCAGACUUCACGUGAAGGCAGGGCGACCAGCUUGCGUCUGGAGUGCCAGCUGAUGGCAGCCAUAGAAUCGCCCAGCUACGUGUUCUGGUAUCGCGAGGCGCGCAUGAUAAACUACGACAACGAACCCGGCGUUAGAUUCGAGCUCAGGAGAAACGGCUCCGUGCUCGUUGUGGAGAAGGUGAAGCUCUCACAUGGCGCAAAUUACACAUGUUGGCCGAGCAAUGCCAGGCCGGCCCACAUCAUGAUACACGUCAUCGAAGAGGAGGAAAAACCAGCAGCCAUGCACGGAGCAGGCGAUCGACGAAAUUCCACGGCGGCUACGUCAAGCAACACCAUACUGACUCUCAUGGCUUUCUUGAUUAUUGCAGACGUAAGACGAUAUCUUCAGAUAAUCAUCCGUUAUGCCACGUGACUAUCGCAAACUGUCACUUUCGCAAAACCGAAGCUCAUCAGGAGAAAUUCGAAUAAUUAAAAUCUAAAUCUUAUCCUAAUCUAAAAUUAAAUUCCUUUUUGUCAAUGAUUUGGAACUUGAUAAGACUCCACUUGAUGAGACUUGAUGAAACUUGAUGAGAAUCAAAAAUCACGACCUUUAUCUAUUCCUCGCAAAGUGAAGCUUUCUGGCAAUGAAAUCCAAACGUUCGCGAAAGAAGAUGUGACAGAUUUCGCGUGGGAUCAAAGAAAAACCUAUUUGCGAAUAAACUUAAAGCGAGAGAUUCAACUGCAGACAGUUUUCCGAGAAUCUGUAUCCCCAGUGGCGAAAUCUAAGGAGGACUGCAAAGUUUCACGUAAUCAUGUAACUUUCGUUUAAAGAAACGUCUUAUCCAAGUGACACUACUUGAUAGAAACUCUGCUUGAACUCGUAACGAGUGAAUAAUAUUCGUGGAAUGAGAUUUGGUCGUCUUUCGACGUGGACGAAUUUGUUCGCGAACUUCAAGAACCAAGUUGCUGUCUUAUGGUCGUUGGUCAUCAUAAACUCUCGCGCAUUGAAACAGAAAUCUUUUUCGUGAACUUAUCACUUUUCACCUCUAAUAAAAUAUCUUCGAAAUCUAGAUUUUAUUAACCGCUUGAGGUGUGAAUAUUAUUAAAUUUUUUCUUUUUAAGUUAUUUCAAUCUCUUUUACGUUUUCAAUCUUAAAACAUGCUUCGAUAAGUAAUUUUGAUAUAAAAAAAUAACAUGGAAAGAAAAUGCAAUUUUCUAAUAUAUUAAUAUUAUGAAACAGUAGAAUAUUUGUGAUGUAAGGAAACGAAUUUUUGAAUUCCGAUAAAAUUUAAAAUCUUUUCAGAGAUUUUCACAUUUCGUGAGUAUUACAUUCACAAAUGUAUUACAUCUUCGCGAAUGAAUUUAGUGAUGAAAUCUCGUCGGGAGGCUGCCAACAUUUCAUCAUGGGAAUCAAGUAUUAUUUGCUCCUUAUAAGUUUGGCGAGUUUCUAGCAGUUUGAUGCAAAUGGGAUAUUGAGUUCUGUAAACAAAAGUUGUGCUUAGUACCGUCGUUCUACGUAACUUCCAUCAAUGUUGACGAUAAUAAACUCUCACAAUCUAGCAUUGUAAAUAUUAUGUAGGGUAAGAUAACAAAAAUUAUCUGAUUCAUAGGUUUGAUUUUAAGCACAUGCAUUUGCGUUUGAGACAUCAUUCUGAAAAGAUUGAUCGCGUGCAACGUGAUUACACGAUCGAUUAUAACAAAAUUACAAUCGAAAUUGUGUCCAUAAAUAAACUGCCAAUCCGUAGCUCAAUCACAGAUAGGAAAUAUUUUUACCCGCACGAUUUACACGCACAUUCCCAAAGUGAUCCUUCAUUACAAUACUUGUAUCUGCUGCAUAUUAAAAAAAUACGUAAGUACCAGUUCAAAUCAUCUUAUUUCUUAUGUGUACGAUAUAUAAUAUUAUUGUUAUAUAAAUUAAAUAAAUAUACCAACUUUUAUCAGUAGAUGUUCCAGAAAAAGAUCAAGGCGAAUAAUAAAAGAACUAGAAAUAAA